AUGGUGUCUGGCGUGGCUUGGCCGGGCCUGGCCGCCCUUUAUAAUCAUCCUUUUGAAGAUGAUUUACUUAUUUCCAUGGAAACUCUCACUUACAAUACACCUGAAGGACCAAAGCAAUGGGAGGAAGUGUCAAUCAAGAAGCUUAAAAAAUGGAAGAAGGAAGUACUUGAGUGUAAUAGAGGAAGUCAACGGAAUGCAGAUGAAGAAAGUGAUGCUGAUAUGGUUUCAGUAAGAAGAAAAUUUGAAGACAUUCACUUCCAGAAUCUGUGUGUAGAUGAUGGGAAAAUUCAAGAGAAAGUAAAAGUUCAGGUGGAUGUGAUAGUACAAGAUUAUGCUAGAAAAAUUCCCAAGUGGAUUACGAUAGCACCUCAAGGUUCAUCAGAAGGUCUUCAUUUAGCUUCGCCAGUGCAAGAACUGAUUGGCAACCAAGCCGCUGUUUGUAGAAACAAAGUAGAGCUGUCAAAUGAACGUUCUUCAUCCAGACCUCUACAGUUACAAUUUUCUGGUGUUCCCAUUUUACCAAUUAGAAUAACCAUACCCAGGCAUCGACCUUCUCCAGAACUGAAUAAAACUUGCUGUGAUAGUAUCUUGGAAGAAUACCAGUCUGCAGAUGAGGAAUGCUCCUGGAGCAAUGUAACUCUUGCAGACUUGUAUCCAGCGAUGGUAGAGAUACUUACAAGGCUCAUGACAAAGCAGUCUCGGAGAAAAGAGUUAAAAUACAUGUUUGGACACUUAAGGCAUAAAAGAUGGCGUUCUAGAAGACCAAAGCUCAAUGUCACUGUAGACAAAAUAAGAGGGUUCAGACCUCUUAAACUGAAGCAAGCACUACCCAGCAUACGCAGCAGUAGAAGUGAAGACAUCCAGAAUCAAACUUUUGGAAAUGAGAACAGAGAACUUUGUGAUGACAAGUGUUCCAUUAAUAACUUAUCUGGUCUGGCACCUUAUUCUUACAUUGAUACAAAUGAAAUCAAAAUGGACUACUCUGACUCAAGUUUAGAACAUCAUUUGGCAUCUGGAAAAGGCCAAAAAGUCUCCAAGCAGACUGUUUUUCCUAAUGUUAUGGCUAGAAUGGGAGAGACAUUUCUAGUUGAAGAUGAGUUACAGACUACUAUCUCACUGAAGAAUUCGAAAUGCAAAGAAAGUGAAAAGUUGGCUUACAAAUGUUCCUCAGAAUACCGUUUUAUAACAUCUACUGCUAGUUCAGGGUCAACAGCGCUUCAUCUGGUAAAAGAGAGUAAAACUCAAAAAACUGGCUUUCCUUGUGGUGAUACCUCAGAGUUGUGUUCAUCUACUUGCAGUUCCUAUGGCAAUAGUAACACUUUUACACCUGUCACAAACUGUUCUCUUGCAAGAGCAUCAAAUACUUUGCUCAUAAAUCCUGAAAAAAUAAUUUCUGAAAGACUAAUUUCUUUCCAGCACAAACACUCAUUUUCCUCAUUCUCUAUCAAGCAGAGUCCUUCAAAGAUGCCCCAGAAAUAUGAAGAUGCAUUUGAAAAACUCUACUACAAACUGUGUUCCAAAGAAAUCCAAAAGCCUUUGACAUUGACAAGACCUCUUUCAAAUUCACAGAACCUUGAAGAGAAAGGAAGAUUAGUGAAGAGUAAUUUAAGUGAUUCUGUGAGGUCUGAUACACAGUAUGAUAGAGAAUUUGACAGGAUCUAUGAGCAAUUGUGUAGUGAGGCUGUUCCAAAACUUCCUGGGUUUCAGAGAGCUUCAAAUUUAAGGAAAUACGAAGGAAUACAGAUGUCUGAAACUGUAAAUGCUCUUGUUAACUCACCUGUUCGAACUUUAUCUGCAAUUCCCAGAGUUAAAAGACUAGGAAAUUUUCAAAAUGAUCUUCUUUGUUCACCAGUGAAGCGACUGAAAAAUAUACCAGAACGUUAUUUUCCUUCAACAAAAUGUCAACAGAUUUCUCACAGAAGAAAUGUUAAUCUUCAGACAGUUGGCAUGGAUUUUUUGAGCACAUACAAUGGCAGUAACCCCAGCUUUUUUGACAGUCACAACUGUCAGAGUCAGGACUCUGGAUUUCAUGCUUCUUCAGAUAAAACUUUUCUUGGUAUUCCUGGUACUUCCCUGCAAGAAUCUGGGAUUGCAGAUGCCCACUCUGGUUGGCCUAGGGCAAUGAAGAAUUACAGCUGUCCUAGAAAUGCACAGAAGUGUCACCAAAGGGUAUCCAGAAAACUAAACUACACUGAUGGGAGAGACCAAAAUCCUAGCAAUCCCCCGGACAACUUCCUGGUCAAAACUCACCAAGGAGCAUUCACAGACUGCUACAGAGAGAACAUUUUUUUAUAA